AUGGCACCAAGAAGAGCCGGCGAAGAGACAAGUACUGAGGCUACGCGUCAGGAGGAAGAAGCCCAAAGGAGGACCGAGCUAGCCGGCCUCAAUUGUCAACAAAUCAACUCCGUUAUGCCAACCAUUGCCACCCAAAUCGCGGAGAAUGUGACCGCCACACUUAACAUGGCUAUGAGACAAGAUGGAGGAGGCAAUGCCAAUGAUAGGAAUGCCUACAAGACUUUCACUUCUUGCAACCCUAAGGAAUUCUAUGGGACGGAAGGUCCUGUUGGUUUGCUCACAUGGUUCCAAAGCAUGGAAGCCAUCUUGAACAUCAUUGAUUAUGCACCGGCCGACCGUGUCAAGUUUGCGGCUAGCAAGCUCCAAGGAAGGGCACUCGCUUGGUGGAACCUCCAAGUCACUAUGAGGGGUCAAGCCGUGAUGAAUGCCUUGACUUGGGAGCAACUCAAGGAAGAGAUGAAGCGGGAAUAUUGCCCUAGACCAGCCGUGCAAAAGUUGGAGAUCAAAUUUUGGAACCAUGCUGUGAAAGGAAUGGAGUUGGAGGCAUAUGUAAUUCGUUUCCACGAGUUGUGUGUGCUAGUGCCUGACAUGGUGAACACUGAGGCAAAGAAAGUUAAAAGGUUUAUUUAUGGAUUGGUACCGGAGGUAAGAUUGAUGGUCACGGCAGCAAACCCCAUUACACUUGAAGAAGCAGUGAGUUUGUCAACAAGGUUGGUCAAUGACUUGGUUAGGACCGGGAAAUACUCGCGAGGCGAGUCAAGUUCAAGGCAAGGAGGAGGAAAACGAUUUGGUGAUCGUAAGGGGAUAGGGCUUGAUGAGAGGCAAAAGAUUGUAAGGAACUAUGGUGUUGACGAAGUUAACCCCAACCCGAACCGUGGGCAGCCUCUUAAGUGCAAUCGUUGUGGAUACAACCAUCUUGGUGAGUGUAGGCAUUGCACGACUUGUAACCAAUUGGGAUACCUUGCUGCCACUUGCCGCAAUGGAGCAAGAGUUGGAGGAAACCCCAGAGUAUGUCAUGAAUGUGGAGGUAAAAAUCAUUGGAGGAACGUAUGUCCUAGGCUGGGAAGAGCUCAAGUUAACCGAGGAAAUGGAAAUGUGGGCAACCGUGGAAAUGGUGAAAACAGGGCAAACAAUGGGAAUCAAGGGAACAAUGCAAACCGGAACCGUGGAAAUCAAGGAGGUCAAGCUCGAGGAAGGGUGUACGCAAUGGGCGCGAAUGAGGCAGGGAUGACCCUAAUGUCAUUGUAG